GAUAUGUAAGUGCAAUCACUGAAUAUCCACUGUUGCAUCGAUUGUAUAUUUUGCAAGCAUCCAAUACUCACAUUAACCCGAGUCUGAUCUUACUCAGUUUCUCCCCAGAUUCAACAUCCUACAACAUGGUCGAGCCAAUUGCUGUGAUCGGGUAUGGUUUCCGCCUGCCCGGGGGUGCAGACACACCCUCGAAGCUGUGGUCUUUGCUGCGCGAGCCCAGCGAUCUGAGCAGCAAACCGCCUGCGUCCAGAUUCGACGUGGACCUCUUCUACCACCCCGUGGGCACGCAUCACGGCACCACCAACGCGCCCAAGUCGUACUUCCUGGCCGAGGAGGCCGACGACAGUGCCAGCCCCGUCGCCCGGUUUGACGCCGGGUUCUUCAACAUCCAGGCCGCCGAGGCCGACGCGAUGGACCCCCAGCAGCGGCUGCUGAUGGAGGCCGUCUACGACGGGCUGUGCGCCGCCGGACAGCCCAUGGAGAGGCUUCGCGGCUCCGACACGGCCGUGUAUGUCGGGCUCAUGUCGGACGACUGGAGCACGAUGUUGACGCGCGACUGGGAGACCCUGCCGCGCUACACGGCGACGGGGCUGGAGCGUGGGAUCGUCGCCAACCGGCUGUCGUACUUCUUCGGCUGGCACGGCGCCAGGAUGACCAUCGACACGGCCUGCUCGAGCAGUCUGGUAGCGUUGGAUCUGGCCGUGCAGGCGUUACGCAGCGGCAAGUCGACCGUCGCGGUUGCGGCGGGCACCAACCUCAUCCUCAGCCCGGCCAUGUACAUCUCGGAGAGCAACCUGGGCAUGCUUUCGCCCAACGGCCGCUGUGCCAUGUGGGAUGAGGCGGCCGACGGAUACGCGCGCGGCGAAGGGGUUGCGGCCGUGGUGGUCAAGACGCUGUCGCAGGCGCUGGCCGACAAUGACCCUAUCCAAUGCAUCAUCCGCGAGACCGCCGUCAACCAGGACGGGCGCACCGCGGGCCUGACGGUGCCCAGCAACGGUGCCCAGGCGGCGCUGAUCCGGGCCUGCUAUGCGCGCGCCGGCCUGGAUCCUAUCCGCAACGUCAACGACCGGCCGCAGUUCUUCCACGCUCACGGCACCGGCACCCAGGCGGGCGAUCCCCAGGAGGCCGAAGCCAUCUCCACGGCGCUGUUCCCGGCCGGCGUGGUCUCGACGGAGAGGCUGGCGGUGGGAUCCAUCAAGACGGUGAUCGGACACACAGAGGGCACGGCCGGUCUGGCGAGUCUCAUCGGCACGGCGCUGGCGUUGAAGAACCAGACGAUGCCGCCGAACCUGCAUUUCAAGACUCUCAGCGCCAAAGUCGCGCCCUUCUUCGAGAAUCUCGAGAUUUUGACGGCGCAGAAGCCCUGGCGGGUGGCCGACGGCCAGGUCCGCCGGGCGAGUGUCAACAGCUUUGGCUUUGGAGGCACCAACUCCCACUGUAUCCUGGAGGAGUAUAUCGGCGCCGAGGAGGCAGUGGCCGGGGAUGCACUGCUCUACACUCCCCUGGUGUUUUCUGCAGCGGCAGAGAAGCCGUUGAGGGCGAUGCUGGCCCAACACGUCGACUUCCUGAAGCACAAUCGCGGCGUGUCUCUGGCGGACAUCGCAUACACCUUACAGGAUCGACGGUCUGUUCUACCCUAUCGCCAGGCUGUGGCCGCAGGGACGGUCGACGAGGCAAUCCACGCCUUGGAAGAGCUGCUUGCAGAUGCAGAGACUUUGCUGAGUACCCGCUUCACCUCGCCGGCGACUCCCAGGAUCCUCGGCAUCUUCACUGGCCAAGGCGCCCAAUGGCCUCGGAUGGGGGCUCGACUGCUCGAAACCUCCGCCUUUGCCGCCGCACGCAUGGCACAGCUGGACGAGAGUCUCCAGCGCCUGACGGAUGAAGGAGAUCGUCCUGCGUGGACUCUGACGGAGCAGCUGCUGGCUGGUGCCGAGCAGUCUCGCAUCGGCGAGGCCGCCAUCUCCCAGCCGCUGUGCACCGCCGUGCAGAUCUUGCUGGUGGACAUCCUGCGCGCAUCCGGCAUCAGCUUUGCGGCCGUCGUGGGCCAUUCCUCUGGCGAGAUCGGCGCUGCCUACGCCGCCGGGCUGCUGUCGGCCAGCGAUGCCAUCCGCAUUGCCUAUUACCGCGGGGUGCAUGCCCAACGCGCCGCCAGCCCUAGCCCUCACUCCCCCCGUGGAGGCAUGAUCGCGGUGGGAGCAGACCGGCAGACAGCAGCAGCACUGUGUGCGAGUCUGCAGUUCGACGGGCGUCUCCAGAUCGCCGCGGUCAACUCUGCCUCCAGCAUCACGCUGAGUGGCGAUCUGGACGCCGUCGACGAGGCCGAAGCCCUGCUCAAGACACAGGGCAUGUUUGCCCGCAAGCUCAAGGUAGACACGGCGUAUCACAGCGCCCACAUGGCUGCUGCUGCCGGGCAUUAUCUGGCGUCUUUGAACCGCAGCGGCAUCCAGCCCUUGACGCCGGCAAGCUCGUCCACCGUCUGGUAUUCCAGCGUCUUCGAGGGACAGCACAUGCAGGCCACCUCCCUGACGAACCAAUACUGGGUGGAAAACAUGUGCCAGCCUGUUCUGUUCGCGGGGGCGCUGGAAGCCGCCCUCAAAGGCACAGGAGGAGGAGCCUUGGAUCUGUCUAUCGAGGUUGGUCCGCACCCGGCACUCAAGGGGCCUGCCACCGCGACGAUUGCCACCGGGCCCUAUUGCGGUCUGUUGGCGAGAGGCCAGGAUGACGCCCGUCAACUCAGCGCGGCCCUGGGCACCAUCUGGACGCAUCUGGGGUCGACGACGGUCCAGCUCGGUGCGGUCGAGAGGCUUCUCUCCCGCCGAGACCAGCAGCCGGUGGUUGUCGACAAUCUCCCGUCGUAUCCGUUUGACCAUUCCCAGGCGCAUUGGACAAACAGCCGAGUGGCCAACCACUUCAAGCAUCGCCAACAGGCCCAUAAACCCAAUGCGCUGCUGGGCACGCCGGUCACCGAUGCCUUGACCCCCGGCGAGGUGCAAUGGCGCAACUUCUUGCAGGCGCGGGACCUGCCCUGGAUCACCGGCCAUCAGCUGCAAGGACAGACGGUGUUUCCCGCCAUGGGAUACGUGAGCAUGGCGAUUGAGGCGAUUGUGCGACUGGCCCAGGAAGAGAACGAGACGCUGCGAGAGAUCAGCGUGCGCGAGGUGAAGAUCCCGCGUGCCAUCACGCUCGACGACGACGACUCCAGCGUCGAGAUCGUCUUCAGCCUGUCGGGCAUCCAGCGGUCGUCCAGCCAGAUCGCCAGCCACUGGGCGUGUUACUCGCUGACGGCUGCGAACCACCUGGUGCUGAAUGCUCAUGGCGAUGUACUCGGACAGGUGGGAGUUCCAGUCGCCGACGCCCUGGCCUCGACAGCAGCCCAGGACGGCUACCAGCUGGUCUCGAUCGACGAGGAUCGCUUCUACGACCGGCUGGCCCGCGUCGGGUACGGCUACAGCGGCCAUUUCCGCGGGCUGAGCCAGAUCCGUCGAUUCCCAGGAUACAGCACCGGCAUCCUGACCGACCAGGCCGGCGCCGGCUGGGAAGAUGACCUCGUUGUUCACCCGGGGACUCUGGAUUCCGCGCUGCAGAGCAUCUUCGCCGCAUGGUCCUUUCCAGGCGACACCCAGCUGUGGUCGCUGCAUGUUCCUGUGUCUUUUGCGGCCAUCACCAUCAACCCGUACUACACGGGGCCAGGGAGACGGCCGGGGCAGCUACGAUUCGAAGCGUCCAUCAGCAAAAAGCCCGCGGAGAUUGUGGGAGAGCUGACGCUUUCGGAUGUGUGUGCAACGACAACCGUGGUGCACAUUGAAGGCGCCACUCUGGUGCCCUUCUCGCCUGCCACUGCCCGCGACGACGUGCCCAUGUUCUCUCGGUUCCAGUAUGGCGUCGACACCCCGGAUUGUCUUGUUGCUGCCGGCGGGGAGACGCUCUCCGACGGCGAGGUCCAGAUGUACGAGGACGUGGAUCGCAUCUCCUACUGGUAUGUGCGCCAGGCUGCCCUCGCCAUUGCUCCCGGCGAACGCAGCAGCCUCCUGCCCCAUUACCGGCGGUAUCUGGGAUGGUGCGAUCGCAUGGUCGACAUGGUCACUCGGGGCGCGCAUCCCAAGGUCUCGCCGGCGCGCAACGGGGACACUGGCGAGCAGAUUGCCGAGCUUCUUACGCGGUAUGCGCACCGCAAGGACUUUCGCUUUGUGCAAGUCGUCGGCGAGCAUUUGGUCCCCGUCUUGCGGGCAGGCACCUCCAUGCUCGAGUAUAUGAACGAGGAUGGGCUGCUGCGAGCCUUCUAUGCCGAAGACGCCAUCUGUUCGGGGCCAACAGGCCGCUGGCUGUCGCGGGUGGUGGCCCAGAUCUCGCACCGCUAUCCUGGGCUUCAUAUCCUGGAAGUCGGGGCCGGCACGGGGGCCACCACCUCGGCGGUGCUGGACGCCGUUCAGGACAGCUACGAGUCGUAUACCUUUACCGACAUCUCCAGUGGCUUCUUCGUCGCGGCAGAGGACCGUUUCGCCGCGCAGGGGGCUCGCAUGCGCUUCCAGAUCUUCGACAUGGAACAGGAUCCCUCGACACAGGGCUUCGACGAGGGAACAUACGACGUCGUCGUCGCCGUCAACGUCCUGCACGUUUCGGCGGACAUCCAGGCCACCCUGGGCAAUGUGCGCCGUCUGCUCCGUCCUGGAGGGUUCCUGGUCGCCGCCGAGCUGACUUCCACGGACCUGCUGUUCAGCGGCAUGACGGUAGGCACGUUGCCAGGCUGGUGGAUUGGCGCGGACACCGGGCGGCCCUGGGGGCCUCUAUUCACAUUGAGUCAAUGGGAUGGAGCCCUGCAGGCGGCUGGGUUCGGAGGCAUCGAUACCGUCACGCCUGAUAUCAGUGCCUCCCUGCCCAUGGCGGUGUUUGUUGCCCAGGCCGUCGACGACCGGGUGGCACUGCUGCGCAAUCCCCUCGGCGUGGCCACGCAUCCUGAAGGCAUCGAUACCAACGCCCUCGCCAUCGUCGGCGGCACCACCUGGCCGGUGCACAAGCUGGGCCGUGGUAUAGCAUCAGUCUUGGGUCCGCGAUUCCGCCGCAUCCGGUUUUUUUCCACGCUCCACGACAUGGCCACGGAGGAGGCUUCCUCCUCGAGACCACUGACUGUUCUCGUGCUCACCGAUCUGGAUCACCCAUACCUCGACGAGGUGAGCAAAGAGAAGCUCUCAGCCCUGCAGACCUGCACCAGCACCGCAGGCACCCUCCUCUGGGUCACCUCUGGGGCCCGCGACGACACGCCGGCGAGCUACAUGAUGCUGGGCAUCUUCCGCACCAUCCAGAACGAACAGCCCGACCUGAGCAGCCAGCUGUUCGACCUCGAGACGGGCAUCCAGUCGGGCACUGCCACCAUGCUCGCCGAAGCCCUGUUGCGCCACACCGGCAAGCUGUCCAUCUCACGGUUACGCGUUGACCAGACCAAGAACAAGCGCUAUAAUGCUCUGCGCCGCUCGGUCACAACCACCGUCUCCCCAUCCACUCAGGUCUUGGAGCUGGUGGCCAGGGAAGACGGCAACGGGGCGCUGCAGGUUCCCUCUCCCCUGCGAUGGAUGCCGCAAUUCGAUGAGGCCGUGUGUUCCAUGCGAAUCACUCACUCGUUGCUGCAGAGCGUGGCUGCUCUUACUGGGGACUUCUUCCGGCCGGUCAUUGGCAAGGAUAUCGAGACUCAACGGACGAUGCUGGCGCUGGCUGGAUCGAGCGACUCGGUCGUUUCUGUACCACUGUCUCGUUCUGUAUCCAUCCGUGAGGGUGACGAAGCAUUGCCUGCCCUCCUGGUGUCCUUUGCGGCGCAGCUCAUGGCCCAGCGGAUGCUAUCUGUCGCCUGUCAGGGGUCUACCGUCCUGAUAUACGCGGCCGAGCCUGCGGUUCAGACAGCGCUGACGGCUCAAGCCGAGGCGAAGAAGGUGGCGAUUGUCUGGAUCAAUACCGACGUCACACAGUCAACUAUCAAACCCCUGCUUGCUCGAACCCCUGGCAUUGCGGUGCUCUUCUCGCGGGGAGACGCAUCAGUCCGUCAGACAAUCCUCAACUCUCUGCCUCCCUCCUGCGUCAUCCUGAGCGAGGAGGCCCUUCUCAGCCAUACUGUUAAUAACGGCGACCCCGACUGUUCCGCCAGCGUUGCCCAGCAGUUCCAGAUGGCCUAUACUGCUUCGGUUUCCAUUGCGACAGCUCCGUCUCCCCCGCUCAUCGCCUUGAACGAGGUUCAGCACCACCACAUCCUCACCUCCCCCCUCAGCGUGAUCGACUGGACUAUCCCAACGGUGACGGCAAGCAUCCAACCCAUCACCUCCGGCCGACUGUUCCGUCCAGAUCGGACAUACCUCUUCGUCGGCAUGGCUGGCGAACUGGGCCAGUCCCUCGCACGCUGGCUGAUCACCCACGGGGCGCGGUAUGUCGUGCUGACCAGCCGCAACCCGAAGGUGUCGGAUGCCUUUAUCGCCGACAUGGCCAGUCAACACGGCGCCGUUGUUCGCGUCGUCUCCCUCGACAUCACACGCCAGCAAUCCCUGCUCUCCGUGCACGCCGCGCUGGCUGCCACCCUGCCGCCCAUCGCCGGGGUCGUCAAUGGCGCCAUGGUUCUCCAGGACGAGCUGUUCGCCCGCAUGUCCCACGAGCAGCUCACCAAGGUGCUCGCCCCGAAGGUCCGCGGCACCAAGCUCCUGGACGAGCUCUUCCGCUCGCCGGACAUGGACUUCUUCGUCGUGGCCGCCAGUAUCGCGGCGGUCAUCGGUUGGACGGGGCAGAGCAACUACUCCGCGGCCAACGAGUACAUGAUUGCCCUGAUGCACCAGCGCCAAAGGAACCACCGGCUGCCCGGGUCCGCAAUGAGUAUUCCGGCGGUGCUGGGGGUUGGGUAUGCCGCGCAUUCAGACACGUUUGAUUUCGACUACUUUGCAUCCCUAGGGUACAUCAACAUCAGUGAGGAGGAUCUGCAUGUCCUGUUUGCCGAGGCGAUUCUAUCCGGAAGACCCGACACUUCAAUGGAAGUCACUGCGGCGUCUGCCCAGGUGGUCAUGGGCGUCAACAUGCGCACGCAAGCGGACGAGGAGCUCUUGCCGGAGGGCCGGAGACGCGAUAUCAAAUUCAGCCAUCUCGUCCGUCGCGACGACGGCGCUGUUGCGCCUGGCGAAGGCGGCGAGGGCGCUGCGUCUGCAGAGCCCAUCCGGGUGCGACUGCAGCGCGUGGCUUCCCCCGACGAGGCGAUGGUGGUCGUUCAGGAAGCGUUUGUCGCCUAUCUCAAACGGCUGCUCCGCAUUCCGUCGGCGGAGACGGUCGACGAGCUCGUUCCCCUCGUAGACCGCGGCGUCGAUUCUCUGGUGGCCGUGGACCUCCGCGCGUGGUUCACCAAGGAGCUGCAGGCCGAUAUCCCGACGCUCAAGAUCUUGAACGGUGGCUCCGUGAGGGAUCUGGUCCGGGAGGCGGUCGAGCAGGAGGCAAGGGCCAGGAAGGUCAAGGAGGAGGAGAAGGAGAGCACCGUCGACGGCGCAGAAACACGGCUGAGUACCUCUGUGCCCUCACUCACGGCCAACAACAGCAGUUCAGGCUCUCCGCUACUCUCGCCCGCUGCGUCAGAUCUUGAAUCCUUGGCCACGAUGCCCCCCGUGCAGGACUACUUUGCCGGGAAGGGAGAGGGUUCGAUCAGUGUCAUAGUCGAGGAGAAGGUUAUGGAGGUUUAA